AUGGGCGGCGUCAUUGAAGCUGUUCACAUCUUUGAUGACAACAGCACCCCGGCGCUAAUAGCCCCCAGGAGUCCCAUUCUGUCCCACGAGUACGCCGGGAGGCCGCUGUCCGCCGCGCACCUCCUGCCCCUCUACCUCGAGCACCCUGCGCCGCGGCCGAACCUAAUCUACCUCGCCAACACGAACCCGCCGACGCUCGUCUUUAGCCUGACACACGGCCGCCUACUCUUCCUGGCGACAUCGUCGAGCGAGAUUGAGCCGCUGCUGGUGCUCGAGUUCCUGCACCGCGUCGUCGAUGCGCUGGAGGACUUUGUCGGCGCGCCGCUGCUGGCGGUCAAGAUCGAAAACAACUAUGACAUUGUCGCGCAGCUCCUGACGGAGAUGUGCGAUGCCGGACACAUAAGCACAACGGAGCCUAAUGCGCUGCGGGAGGUGGUGGAGGUGGAAGGCUGGGUGGACAAGCUGUUGGGAAGCAUCAACCUGCCGGGGAAACUACAGUCCAACUCUGCCACAAACGCACCUUCGCUAUUACCGACGACAGGGACAUCACUACCAUGGCGACGAGCGAACGUACGACACACCUCAAACGAAAUGUACGCCGAUGUUGUAGAGACAUUCCAAGGUCUCUGGAAUCCCGGAUAUCACGGUCAACCUCACCAGUCCUUCUGGGAAACACAAUCUGGGGAGCUUUAUGGAACUACCCGUCUUCCAUCCUUGCGUGAGACUAAAUCGGUGGAAGGAAAGACCAGCGGCAAGUCUGGCAGCCUCAGCAGCAGCUCUCUCAAGUUGCCGGUGAAUCUGGAGAUGAAGACCGGUCUGGGACCGACUGGUUCAGAGUUUGAAGUGCGAUUACAAGUCAACAAAAUAUUCGGGACUCCUGGGCCAUCAUCCUCUAGUCAGGUCGGGCGAGGUGGCGUCCCUGGCCGUCUAGGAUCCCCACACCCGGGCACGCCAGCCUCGCCGUUGCUCGACGAUUUAGUCGUCACGAUUCCCCUUCCGGCGGAUGUCAGAAAUCUUUCCGAUAUACGCCCAAGCAGAGGUGACGCGAGCUUCAACCCCGGGCAAAGAGUACUAGAGUGGCACAUUGCGACCAAGGAACUGAGCGGACCGACGUCGCAUUUCGGGCUGCGCAGCACCGUUGUGGGGGCCCCGAGCAACGAGGAGCAAGAGGACGCCUUUGAUCCUAGUGGAUCCGGCUUUGGACAAGACUAUUCCUACAACGAGCCGUACCAGAGCGUGCCGGCGGCCACAAUUGCGCAAGGGGGCAAGGCACGCGAGGGCGGCGGCGACGAACAAGACGCGCAAAAGGCGGCGCAAAACAAGAUUCUUAUGCCGAGCUCCGCAUCAGUCAACUUUUCCGUCAAGGGCUGGCUGGCGAGCGGGCUCAAGGUGGACAGCAUCGUGCUGGACACGCGAAAGAGUCGGGGCCUGGGCGAGGGGGUCAAGCCGUACAAGGGGGUCAAAUACCUGACGGUGAGCAAAGGCGGCGUGGAGCUGCGAUGCUAG